AUGAGGGCCGGCGAGGACGCCCGGGCGGCGCUCUGCGUGCUCUGCGGCCUGCCCGCCGCCGGCAAGUCCACCCUCGCGCGGGCGCUCAGCCUCCGGCUGCGGCGCGAGCGGCGCUGGGCCGUGGGCGUCGUCGCCUACGAUGACGUCAUGCCGGAGGCGUUCCCGGAGGAGGAGGCCGCGGGGCCAUUGGCGCCCAGCUGGAAGGCGCUGCGCCGGGAGCUGCUCGGGUGCCUGGAGGGCUUCCUGCGGGCGCUGCUGCACCGGGCCCCGCUGUCGGCGCCAUCCGGGGGCACGGGGGCCCUGUGGGGGGCCUUCACCGCCAGCCUGCAGGCUCAGGGCCUGCUGCGUCCCGCCCCCGCCCCGGAGGGCCAGGCCCACCUCCUGCCCACCCCGGCGGCGGCGGCCGGCCCUUUACUGCUGAUCCUGGACGACAACUUCUACUACCGCAGCAUGCGGCUGGAGGUGUACCGGCUGGCGCGGCGCUACUCGCUGGGGUUCUGCCAGCUCUUCCUGGACUGCCCGCUGGAGACCUGCCUGCAGAGGAAUGGCCGGCGGCCCGGGGCGCUGCCCGCAGACACCAUCCACCUGAUGCAGGGGAAGAUGGAGGAGCCCAACCCCCAGAAAAACGCCUGGGAGCUCAACAGCCUCACCGUGCGGAGUGCCACCUGCUCGCCUGAGGCCAGCCCCGAGCUGACCGGCCUGCUGCUCGCUGCCCUGGAAAACCCAGUGACCUACGUGGAGGACAAUGUGGAACAGAAGGAAGCGGACAGAGCCGUCUGCUCCUCCAGCACGCUGCACCAGGCUGACCAGGCGCUGCGAAGGAUUGUCUCGCAGACCAUGAAGGAAGCGAAAGAUGCGUGCCCGCGGCCUCCCGACCUGAAGCUCCUGGCGGCGGCGCUGAACCAGCUCCGAGCGGGGCUGCUGCGGGACCUGAGGCUCGGAGGCAGGGCAGGCCCGUGCUCGCCGGCCCCGGGCGUCCCGGACGCGGUCGCGCGCUUUCAGGACGAGAAGGACAGCCUCGUGCGCAAGUACCUCUCGGAGCAGCAUUAA